UGACACAGAACCAGACCAGAACAUCAGAGACCAGAGCAUCAGAGACCAGAGCAUCAGAGACCAGAGCAUCAGAGACCAGAGCAUCAGAGACCAGAGCAUCAGAGACCAGAGCAUCAGAGACCAGAGCAUCAGAGACCAGAGCAUCAGAGACCAGAGCAUCAGAGACCAGAGCAUCAGAGACCAGAGCAUCAGAGACCAGAGCAUCAGAGACCAGAGCAUCAGAGACCAGAGCAUCAGAGACCAGAGCAUCAGAGACCAUCUCAGCCAAUACAAUCUUCAGCAUCUCAACCAUCUCUGAACCAUGAAGACCCUGACUGCUCUACUCCUCCUGGGACUGCUCUGCUCCCUCCAUACGACUUCUGCAGCUGUCUUGGGGAUUUCAGCAAUGACUGCCACAGACUGCUGUGUGACGUUCUACCAAAACGUGAUCCGUCUUGCUAGAGUGGUUUCAGUUUCUAGAACCCCUAGUAGCUGCCCUCUCCACGCACUGGUGUUUACAACAAAGAAAGAGAUUCGAUUUUGUGUCGACCCGUCUGAGGCCUGGGUCCGGAGACAUGUGACCAAGAUUGAGAGCAGAUCGUUGUCUCUGCCAGGACAACGAUGAUGUCAUCAACCCCCGCCACCACAAACUAACUGUCAGAUCUGUCAAGAAAAUAGAAUAUUAUUUGUUGUACAUACAGUAAUAUUAUUUCAUUCUUAUUUAUUUACCAUACUGUGAAGUUACUUUGUAUUUUGAGAUGAUUUGUUUUGUCAACAAAUGUUUGUUUUUUUCAGCAACAAAGCUAAAUAAUUUCAACAUUUUAAUAACUUAGUUAAUUGUAUUCUUAUUGUGGUAUUCAUGCUUUGAUUACUAAAGCUUCACAUUUUGUGAGGGCGAGUUCUUCACAACUACUUGAGGCGUGCUGCCAGUUACAUGGACACAUGUUGAGGCGUGCUGCCAGUUACAUGGACACAUGUUGAGGUGUGCUGCCAGUUACAUGGACACAUGUUGAGGCGUGCUGCCAGUUACAUGGACACAUGUUGAGGCGUGCUGCCAGUUACAUGGACACAUGUUGAGGCGUGCUGCCAGUUACAUGGACACAUGUUGAGGCGUGCUGCCAGUUACAUGGACACAUGUUGAGGCGUGCUGCCAGUUACAUGGACACAUGUUGAGGCGUGCUGCCAGUUACAUGGACACAUGUUGAGGCGUGCUGCCAGUUACAUGGACACAUGUUGAGGCGUGCUGCCAGUUACAUGGACACAUGUUGUCACACCCUGACCUUAGAGAGCCUUUCAUAUGUCUCUUUUUGGUUUGGUCAGGGUGUGAUUUGGGUGGGUAUUCUAUGUCCUUUAUUUCUAUGAUUUGGUUUUCUAUGUUUUGGCCGAGUAUGGUUCUCAAUCAGGGACAGCUGUCUAUCGUUGUCUCUGAUUGGGAAUCAUACUUAGGCAGCUCUUUUUCCCACCUGUGAUUGUGGGUAGUUAACUUUGGUAGUGGCACUAUAGCCCUGUUUAGCUUCACGUCGUUUCUUUGUUUUC